AUGAAUGGCUCUAUCAUUGGAGCUUCUCUUUUGCCUCAUCAUGGCAAUGUGCUUCAUGACAGUCAUGCAGAAGUCAUAGCAAGGAGAGCCUUCUUACUCUACCUUAUCGAUCAGAUUGGUCGGGCGGCUUCUGGAAGUGGGAGUGUACUUGAACGCAAGGAGAAUGGAAAGUUUGGGAUUAAACCGGCUUUUCUUUUCACUUUUCUAAGAGCCAUACCCCUUGUGGAGAUGCUCUUCAAUAUUUUCAAAGCAAGAAUUUUCUCAAGACUGGUUUUUGGGAAGAACUAUUGGAUGGUAAAGAAGGGUAAUAUUUUGGAGGAUAAGCCCAUCGAAGCCACAGAUAUUCACAGAACAGGUGCAAAGUGCGUGAGUGGGGAAUUAGAAGACCCGAAAGUACCAGGUGCAAACUACCAUGUCACAGGAGCUCUGCGUACGAAGCCAGGGCGUGGUGAUCCCACACUUUCCAUGUCUUGUAGUGAUAAAAUUUUCAAGUGGACUGUUUUGGGAGUGCAAGGAGCAUCACUCAUGCUAUUCCUAGAAAAACCAAUUUAUUUAGAAAGUAUCACAAUUGGUCACUGUCCCUAUAGUCAAGAAGCAAUGGAAAGAGCAGUAUUUGCCAGAUUCAGAGAUCAGUUGCAGAAAGUUAAUUUACCACCAGGUUUUCAACAAAUAAUUCCUUGCAUUUUCCAGUCCAGCACUGCCUUCCCCUAUUCACGAUCUGUCGUCACUAACAACUGCACGGAUCCAGACCGGGUGAAGCCGUCCCCUAGCACCUUGAUCUGGAGCCUGACUGACUUCCACAGCAGUAAGCACGAGGUUUCGGUCAAUGGCUGUAAGUUAGGGACUACCAAGAAAAACAUUGGAACUUCGAAGAGCUGGGUUAGCAUUUGUCGACAAGUGCUUCUACAGAAGGUUUGUUUUAUGUUGAAAAAGACUAGUAGUGUAUCAGAGCCAUGUGAUGGUAAAAACCUACACAAAAAUGUAAAGAGUUUAUCAGGAAAUUAUCAGGCAGCAUGGAGGACUUUGAAAAAUCAUGUGUUGCGUAAUUGGACGAAAAAGCCUGGAUAUACAAGAGAGUUCAAAUUAGACAGUUGUGGUAUAAAAUGAGUUGUCAAGGGAAUGUAUAGUUUAUCUUUAAAAAUGGCUGAGUUGAGUUAUGUUCAUGCCAAGUGUAUGCUACAUAUUUUCAGAUUAAUUGAUCUUCUUUGCUUGUCUUUUGUCUGAGAGUAAAGGAUUUUUGUUGAAUUCUUUUGUGACAUUUUAUCGAGAUAAGAGAAAUACUUCUUUAACUGUUUUGACCUUGUAAAUGAUACAGAAACGUUAUGAAGUUUGACAUGUAUUGUUUCCAGUUUUUAGAUAAUAAAAGAGUGUGCUUUAUUUUAUUUUUUUUCUUAUUGUUGUGGCCUUUUUAGAGCAAUGUAUUGACCAAAAAUAGCCAAUAAAUAUAUGUAUUGGCAUUCUUCAUAUGACCAAACAAAUCCACAAAAUUGUUAGCUUAUAGCACCAUAAGCCAUAUGUAGUGGUAUACCAGUGAAAAUUUUGUUAGUCUGGGUAUGUCAAAGCUAAAAUCCCUCUUUUGAGGUAAGUUCUAGUGAGAAACUUAUUUUAUUAGUACAUUUCAAUAUCAUUGUCUGAAAUGAAACUGAUCUUUUUUUAAUUGUAUCCCCAUUAUAUUAAUGGAACAUGGAGAACUUUAGGAUGAGUAGAUUGGACGUCAAUAUGGAUAAACCUUUACAUUAGUGAAGACAGGUCACCAGCUAAUCUGAAGGUGAGGCUCUGUUUUAUGAUUAAAAUUACUGUUGGAAAAAAUAUGCAUAUCGGUAACAUUAAUAUUACGAUUUUGGUAUGUGCAUUCUGUCAUUAUUAUUAUUCAGAUUAUUUCUGGUGGAAAACUUUGUCAUAUAGCCAGAAUAUAUUCCAGUUAUUUCAGUUAUCUGAUGGUACUAAUGUACUUACUAUAUCCAUACAUGGUUUGAAGCCUUUAUUUUAAAAACAUCACCGUACAGUGAAUGUCGUCUUGUGGGUUUUGGUUAUAAGUAGAGGCAGCUUCUAUAAGUCUUUGAUUUUUUCUAAUUAUUUGGCUGUUCCCUCUUCCAUUUGCUCUUCUGUCAUACAGUUUAUGUAAAGCCGAAUUAGUUAAACAUUAUGUUCUUUGUCAAUUUGUUGAAGAAAACAUUAAUAACCUUACUAGAUCUAA